CCCCGUCUCUCCACAGACUGUACGGCCCAAGCGAGGAUUUUCACGAAAACAUCAACCGCAGGCUGCGUACCAGUGCCAGCGGGAACGGUACUACGACGAACGGAACCCGACGCUAUGGAUCCAACGGCAUGACAGCCGAGUCGAUGGCGUUUUUAAAGUGGGAUAACGGUGUUUGGUCUUAAAGAGAGACGUCAGAAGCGUAAAACAGAUUUUACGGCAAUGAAUACGGUAUCACUUGUUAGAUAGAAAGACAGACAGAGAGAGAGAGAGAGAGAGAGAGAGAGAGAGAGCGAGCGAGCGAGGGGCCAAAGUGGACUCCCUCCCUCGGUUGAGUUGUUCCGCCCGAUGGAGGCUGACGGGACCUUUGCAGUGAGCUCGAGGCCCGGAAUGUUACCUGUAAAACGUCGACACCUCGACGGAGGACGUAAUUAAGGAAAAUACCGCACACACCUGUCUGCGCUUUCGAAGAAUUGACAACUUCUUAGUUAUCUUGCAUACAAAAACAAAAGUUAUCAGGGCAACGUUAGCUGCGGGUGGCGUCCCCUCGCGCAAGAUGACUAUCAUAGAUAUCACUUAACGAGGGUUCUUCGCCGCCUCAGGUAACCUAGCACAGGUGAACAGCGCACUAAGGCUGUUUCAUGGACUGAUGGCUUUGUUUUAAAAAGUUGACUCCAACUCAUUUGGCUUGCGAGAAUUGAGCAGUUUUUGUUUUUCAAAACAAGAACUUCCUGGAAUUGUUUUUUCUUCUCAUCAAGUGUCACCUUUUCCGUCAACCAUGUCAUUCAAAGACAAUCCCUGUCGGAAAUUUCAAGCCAACAUUUUCAACAAAAGCAAAUGCCAGAACUGCUUCAAGCCCAGAGAAUCACAUUUGCUUAACGACGAAGACUUAAACCAGGCAAAACCCAUUUAUGGUGGAUGGUUGCUGCUGGCACCAGAGGGAACAAAUUUCGACAAUCCAUUACAUAGAUCUCGGAAAUGGCAGAGGAGGUUCUUCAUCCUUUACGAGCACGGCUUACUUCGCUAUGCUCUGGACGAAAUGCCCAGCACUCUACCCCAGGGUACAAUCAACAUGAACCAGUGCUCCGACGUCAUCGAUGGAGAGUCCAGGACGGGUCAGAAGAACUCGCUGUGCAUCCUGACACCUGAGAAAGAGCACUUCAUACGGGCUGAGUGUAAAGAAAUUAUCAACGGGUGGCAGGAGGCUCUGACUGUAUACCCCAGGACCAACAAGCAGAACCAGAAGAAAAAACGCAAGGUUGAUGCACCCACUCAGCAGGAGCCUGGCCCUGCCAAGGUGACGGUGACCAGCAGUGGAGGAAGCAUCCCUUGCCUGCCCAGCAGCAUUGCCAGUGCUGAGCGAGUCCCAUUGAGCCGUGCCACUCUGUGGCAGGAGGAGAGCCGCUGGAGCAGGGCCACCAUCCCCUGCAGCCGCAGUGCCUCCUGCCUGAGCCAGCUGAGCCAGAGCCAGCCAGACUCCAAUAUCACUACUCAAGAUGAUGGCGGCACCGUUAGCACCGGACGCAAGGUACGAGUGGAGAGUGGUUACUUUUCGCUGGAGAAGACAAAGUCAGAGCCUUCUCCACAGUACUCUCAGCCACCCCAGCCACCCCAGCAUCUGCCCCUGUCCUCUUCAGCAUCCUCCUCCUCUUUAGGAGCUCUCAGUCCCAGGUACAACUCUGAGUCUGAAUCCCAACCUUCCCCUUAUCAACCCUCCCAAGAUUCUCUCCCUUCUCCAGGUGCGCUUGUCUCUCCCAGCUACUCCACCAUCAGCUCCUCCCAGAGCUCGCUGGACUCCGAACCCAGUGGGACUACACCCACCUGGGAGGGACGCAGUGGUGGUGGAGGAAGCACCGGUAGUGUCAGUGGUGGAGACGGCAGACUGGGCCGGUCUGGCAGGGAGUAUACUGCGCUGUCCGAUGUGCCAAGGGCGCGCAGACUGAGUUACCGUGAAGCCUUCCGCUCAGAAAAAAAGCGGCAAGAGCUGAGGGCACGGACACGGAGUCCUGGCAGAGAGGAGGUGGCUCGGCUGUUCGGACAGGAGCGCAGGCGUUCUCAAGUCAUUGGCCGAUUCGAGGAGGGUCAGCCUGUAGAGCGCAUGGACACAAGCAGCUCCCAUGAGCCCUCCGCUAACCCCACGCUAAUCCAGAGACAAGGCCGCAGUGAGAGGCGCUAUCUGGCUAACAAACAUGUAUGCCAUUCUUUUUAUACCACCAAACAGGAAGAAGGUGUAGUGGAGGAGAAGAAAAAUGGAACUUUGGAAGCAAUGCAAAACGCUAUGCUUGGCGAAAAGCAACAGCAAACCACCACCAAACACACCACCCCCACUGGCCAAACAUGGCAGUUAGGCAUCAGAAUGACUCUCUGCCAGGCGGUGACACCACACCUGAUGAAGCUCAACAAAAACAAGCCAGAUCUGCUGAACUUCAAAAAAGGAUGGAUGACAAAGCUGUACGAAGACGGAAUGUGGAAGAAACACUGGUUUGUCCUGACAGAUCAGAGUUUGAGGUACUACAAGGACUCAAUAGCCGAGGAGGCUUCAGAACUGGAUGGGGAGAUUGACCUCUCCACAUGUCAUGAUGUCAAAGAGUUCCCGGUCCAGAGGAAUUAUGGCUUCCAAAUCCUGUGUAAAGAGGGAGUGUGCACCCUGUCAGCCAUGACCUCUGGAAUCCGUCGCAACUGGAUUCAGGCUAUUAUGAAGAAUGUGCGACCAACUAUUGCCCCCGAUGUCACCCGGAAAAACAUCACUCUGAAACUGUCCGUUCUGAAGCCCAGAUCCUUCCCCGAGGAGAAGACAAAGGCCCACGUGAUGUUGGAGCCGUGUUUACAGGCCACCUCUGAGCCAAGCCCCAGUCCUGUGACUCCCAAGUCUGAUGUCCACAGACAGCUAGCUUGCAACAAUGCCUCUGCCACUCCCUCUGAGCCCCUUAAAAGCCGAGUUCGUGAGCGCAGACGAGAGGGCCGCUCCAAGACUUUUGACUGGUCUGAGUUCAAAAUGGAACAGACCGAAAAGCCUGCGAAGGAACGAGCAGACACAGUCGACCUCAGCUCAUCAUUCUCCACAACGUCCUCAUAUUGCUCUCCCUCCUCUUCCCCUUCCUCUAUAGCGUCCUCUCCUGUCUCUACCUCCUCCAUCCAAACCUCGUCUGUUUCAGGUGCUCGGCCACCUUCUAUGACUGUAGAAGCAGAAAAGGAGAGUGUUAUGAGGAGUGAGGGUGUCCCUCUACAUAGCACAACCAGUGCAACCCACAAGCCAAAUACUGUCACUGUUACCAUGAUGUCCACACUAAACACUACAUCACCGGUACAGCCGUCGAUACCUGAAUGUCAAGAGCAAGGAAAGAUGGAAGUAGACCACCCUACGGCCAUGUGUCCUGCCAGUGAAGAUAAGGACAGCAGAACUUCAGGUGUCCGAGAAGAGAUUGAGCAACGAUGGCAUCAGGUGGAGACAACACCGUUAAGAGAAGAGAAGCAAGUGCCCAUCAACACAACUUCAGGAAACUCUGACAGAUUGCCCGCACAUGAGCUUGCUGCGCUGCUAGACAAAGAGUUGGGACAGAAGCAGCAAGAGCUGGACCGACUACAGAAGCAAAACAACGUUUUAAAAGAGCAGUUGGAAGAUGCUCUAGGGAGAGAACAAAGUGCCAGAGCCGGCUAUGUGCUACAGAGUGCAACACCCUCUUCCUCCAUGGUACCAUGGCAACACCUGCACAAGCUUAAUGAAGAUUUGCAGGGCGAGUUGGAGACCCAAAAGCGCAAGCAGGACCUUGCUCAGCAGCAGAUUCGGACACUAAAGAGAAGCUACACAGAAGCCCAGCAUGCUGUAGACCACCAUGAGUCUGGUAUUCAGGCUCUGCAGGCUAAACUAGCAUCUGCAAUGGCUGAAAUCUUGGCCAGUGAACAGGCUGUGGCCAGAAUGCGCAAUGAGCUCAAGCUUGAGCAGGAGCGUUCAAAAGAACAAGAAGAGGAAUAUGGCCGUGGUGAGGCCACCCUACGGGCCCAGCUUAAGGACAGUGAAGAAAGACUCCGUGAAGUAGAAGCCAGCCUCUUGGAGAGAAGCCAGGCCCUUAGGCACCUGGAGCGCCAGCAGGCCCUGCAACGAGACCACACGAGAGAGAUACAGAGGCUGCAAGAGAUGCUGCAAGAGGUGACCGCUCGGCAAAGUGCUACUGAAAAGGGUCAGGCACUGAAAGAGGAGCGCCUGAGGAAGGAGCAGCAUAGCAUGCAAGAGAGUCAUGAGAGGGAAAGACAGAAUCUGUGUAGAAGAUUAGCUGAGGCUGAAACUGCACAGAAAGAGAUGGAGAACCGACUGCUUGAGGCUAAGCAGCAGGUGGAGGCCCUGUUAAGAGGGAGGCAGGCCUCUGGAGGAACGGAAUGCAGGGAGGAAAUAUUGAAGUUGCAAGAGGAGCUGGCCCAGAAGACCGACAUGGUAGAGUCACUAAGGGAGAGUGUGCGUAGGCUAGAAGAAGAGAAAAGCCAUCUCACUUGUCGCUGUCAGGAGCUUCUUAACCAGAUUGCAGAAGCAGACCGUGAGGUGAAUAAGCUCCGAAAUCGUCUAGAAACGGAAGAAGCUGAUUACUACACCCUGGAGCACUCGUAUGAGAGGGCUACUCAAGAGUUUCAGAAAAUAAGCCAGUUCCUUAGAGAGAAAGAGGAAGAGAUCCGCCAGACUAAGGAGAUGUAUGAGAGGCUUGUGGAACGCAAGGAAGAGGACUUGAAAGAGGCCCUUGUUAAAAUGGCUGCACUUGGCAACAGCUUGGAGGAAACCGAGCAAAAGUUGCAAGCUAAGGAGGAGCUUCUUUGUCAAAUGAGUCAAAGCAUCUUAGAUAAGGCUGAGCCCUGUAGUGCUGAAAAGGAUCUGCAAGCUAAGCUUGUGGUUGCGGAGGACCGCAUAGCGGAGUUAGAGCAACAUCUCAAUGCCCUGCAGCUGGGCUAUACAUCUGCCUCCUUAUCAGCAAACGCAGAACUCUUACUUUCCUUUGACAAUACAUCCAACACAGAGAACUCCCCAGAUGAUAAGGAGUCUCAAGCUAAGAGACCAAGGAUACGUUUUUCCAGUAUUCAUUGCCAAAAAUAUAUAAAUCUAGAGGGCCUGGACACUAGCCAUGUGAGCACUGCCUUUGCAGACACAAGACAAACCGUGAACCAGGAUGUAGAUGAAGAAAUCCAUCUAAGUGAAGGAAACCUCUCAUCUGAUAUUCCCUUCUCUCACAGUAGUGACCCAGAGAAGUUUAUCUCCAUUGUACAUGCUCUAGAGACCAAACUGCUAGCCACAGAGGAUAAACUAAGACACCUCACACAGAAUCUAGAAGAGCAACGAUCCAUCCAAGCAGAAGACAUGUCCAAGAUUGAUCUAACAAUGACCGAAACAACAAAGCCUAACGCUAAUAAGGAUUUCAGUUGUGGAAGUGGGAUACAGAGUAGUUCUGCCAAUAAGCAUUAUGCCAAGGCACUGGUGUGUGUAGAAAAUAGUAGAGAGAAAGUCAGAACUAUUCUCAGUGGCUCUCAUGAUACCACUGGUUCACAGCUGCACUCGUUGUCAGAGAUAGAGAACGAUUUGUUCAAUGCAUCACUGUACAUCCGACAAGGACAAAAGACGUUGGAAGAACAAUCACCAGUUGUCCAUCAAAAUCAAGUCCCAGAGACUCUAGAUAAAGAAGCCCUGCACCUCUUUGCUAAAACGUUAUCGUUUGAAGCAAUCGUUUUGAACAAGAUGGCUUUGUUAAUACAGACUUCAAAGUCUGACCUCCUACAAUCCCUUGCGGAGAUAUGGGAAGACAUGGAGAACAUUAAAGGGGGUGACAAAGAUUGCUUGGCUAUAGUUUACGCUGAUGUCUUGACCAGGAAGUUGAUGUUAGAAAGUGCAUUCUGGAAAGAAUUGGAGAAAGCUGAGACGGAUGUUGCUAAAUCCAAAGAGGGCAGCGUUUCAGCUGAUGUAGAUGUUGAUACCACAGUUAUCUUUAACACCUUCAUUAAAGCAGAGCUGGCCUACUCUAUUCAAAACCUUAAACUUUGCUAUGAAGAGAAAUUCCAAAUACUGAAAAGGGAGUUGACUGAUGCCCAUGAUAACCUGCAUCAAAGGGAAAUGGCUCUGAAAGCAAUUAUUGAAGCUUCCAAAAGGCCUGAUUUGAAAAAUGUAAUAAAAGAAGUCAAAAAUAACUUUGGGUUUAGUAAACAAAAGUUAGCUGACAUUCACCCCCCUGAACUUGCUCCCUACAUGGAGCAGAUUGAAAUGGAAGAGGCUAGAGGCUUGGCCGAGGAAAUUGUAGACAGACACUUGGCUGGAGAAAUGCCCUCUUGUGGUGUUGACUCUAUAGAAUCGCUGCAAAAUGCACAUGACAACCUGGCUAAUGAGCUUCAAAGACAAGCAUUAAUCCUCCAUAAGUAUGCCCAAGAGAUAGAAAGUGGUGGAAACCAUCCUGGACUGGCUAAAAUGAUCCAUGCUCUUCUUGGCCACCAAACUUCACAUCAUUUCACAAGUACCUCUCUCUGUAUGCGCGAAGCCCUAAUCCAGGCUCAAGUGGCUUAUGUGGCAUGCAGGUUACAGGCCAUGCACGAACAAGACUUGGGCUGGUGUAAACAGACUGGUCAGAACAUGGAUGAUCUCGUCCAGCAGCAUGCCCGCAAUGUCAGCGCAAUCCAAGAGAAAUAUGAAUUAUCCUUACAGGAUGAGCACCUCAACUUCACACAAACCGUUUCCACUCUCCAGAAGGAGAACCAUACACUGAAGAGUGAGAUCAGUAAGCGUGUGAACCAGCUAUCCCAGCAGCAGGAGCAACUGGCUCUCCUGGAGGAGCAUUUUCAGAGAGAGACAGAAGAGCUGAAGCAGAGGCACAAGCAAGAGCUAAGCCAAGCAGAGAAAGGGCGCGUCUCAACUGAUCUGGCCCUCAUGGAGACGACAGCUGACAGUCAACGAAAGCUAGAAGUUCUGCUGGUGGACAUGGACACCAUGGAGGAGCGCCAUGAGGGUCAUGUGAGGAAACUGGAGGAGCAGUUUGAGCAGCGGAUCUAUGAGCUCCAGCAUAUCCACAAACAGGAGAUUGAAAAGUUACAUUCAGAGUAUAUGGAAAACAUUCAGUGUAUCCAAAAGCACCAACAGGAUGAAAAAGGUCCUGGGGUUUCCGACUCGCCUUCUUGUGAUGAGGUCGCCACGCCAAUGGAAGAGGAAGAACAGGGGAAGGGGGAGGAUGCACAAAUCAUGUCAGAGGUGGACUCCAUGGUGGUCCUGAAGGACCGCAUCCAGGAGCUGGAGGCUCAGAUGAGCACCAUGAAGGACGAACUGGAGAGCAAGCACCUAGAAGGAGAUGUGGCCAGCCUGAGAGAGAAAUACCAGAGAGACUUUGAAAGUCUUAAGGCCACGUGUGAACGUGGCUUUGCAGCAAUGGAAGACACACACCAGAAGCUAAUUCAUGACCUCCAGAGGCAACAUCAGAGGGAGAUUUCCAAACUUAUGGAAGAGCGAGAGAGACUUUUGGCUGAGGAGACUGCUGCCACAAUUGCUGCUAUUGAAGCGAUGAAGAAUGCCCACAAGGAGGAGCUGGAGAAGACCCAUCGUUCCCAACUGAGUGGACUGAACUCUGACAUUGAUGAACUUCGCUUACAAUACGAGGAGGAGCUGCAGUCCAUCCACAGAGAACUGGAGGUGUUGUCAGAGCAGUACUCUCAGAAAUGUCUGGAGAACGCUCACCUGGCCCAGGCACUGGAGGCCGAGAGGCAGGCCCUCCGGCAGUGUCAGAGAGAGAACCAGGAGCUAAACGCUCACAACCAGGAAUUAAAUAACCGACUGACUACAGAGAUCACUCGGAUGCGCUCCUGUUUCAGUGGUGAAACAGCGCUGUCACCACUUACCCAGGGCAAAGAUGUCUAUGAACUGGAGGUGUUGCUACGAAUUAAGGAGUCUGAGAUCCAGUAUCUUAAACAAGAAAUCCACUCUUUGAAAGAUGAACUGCAGUCUGCUUUAAGGGACAAGAAAUAUGCCACAGACAAAUAUAAGGACAUCUAUACAGAGCUCAGCAUUGUGAAAGCAAAGGCUGACUGCGACAUCUGCAAAUUGAAGGAGAAGCUGCUCAUUGCCACAGAAGCUUUAGGCGAGAGGACUGUCGAUGGAACGGUCACAUCUGGAUACGAUAUCAUGAAAUCAAAAAGUAAUCCCGAUUUCCUGAAAAAGGAACAAUCAACAACCUCCAAGCAAUCAAGAGGCAUAAGGUCAAAGAGCCUGAAAGAGGGACUAACUGUGCAGGAGCGUAUGAAGCUUUUUGAGGCAAAAGAUUCCAAAAAGAUUUGAAUAUCAAGGAUCUGAAGUUUUGUUUCUCUUUCCUGACCUCGGCUUUUGGUCAGAUUGCUACGGCCGUGCCAGCAUCAGCUGAAGACUCUUAUAGGAAAUAUGAAAAAAACAAAUAUCUAUCAAGGUCAGUUCAAAACCUGGACCUGCUGCUUCCAUGCAAGUUGUCAUAUUUUUGUUUGAUUUUUUUUCUUUCUUUUAAUUAAUGAAAACAAGUUUUACUGAAUCAAUCCUGUGUAGGGUUUCUUUUAAAAAACAUCCAUAGAUGUUUAAUCUGUCCAACAUGGAGAUCAUAUAAGUGUCAAAUAAGCUGUGAGAGGGAUACAAGACAGCAUUUUUAUUGAUCCUCCAAAAUGCCAAAACAGACAGCAAUACACAGUAUGAAUAAUAUAUAUUUCCCAAUAUGAAUUAAGUAUCUGCUGUAUUUUAUUAUUGUUACAGUUUCUAUAUCUAAUCAUUUUUAAUGUUUUUAAUGUUGCACCAGUUCUGUUGUACAUAACUACUGGAUAUAUGUAAGAGUAUGGUUUGCUAUUGAGUGUUGGGGCAUCUGCUGUACUAUAACUAUGGUUUGAUUGAUAGUGGAGAACAAUGUGAUGCUUAACUUGCUUAUGUAUGAAAGAGUUUUAUAAAAGGAGUGUCUGUGUGUGAAGGGGGGAAAGAGGGGUGGGAUUGCACUUAUCACUUGACUACUUGAGGAAGCUUCUUUUUUUUUUGUCUCAAAUUGGUGUAGUGAUUUUAAUUCAAUUAUUGCAGUGCAACCAAACAUCCUGACUUUUGUCAAAUUUAGUGAACAACCGUGACUUGUUAGUGAUACUGGAUUUUUUUUUUUUUUUUUAAACCUGGAGUUGUGUUUGCUCAGUUUUGACUUUGGUGUGAGAAUAUCAUCUCGGAAAUACCGGAAUUAUUUAGGACUUUGCAUGCCUGUACAGUAUCAAAUUGAAUUUCAGAAUGAUCAUGUUGCCUCAUCUUCCUACUUUAUGCUUCAGUGUGGAACUCUUAACACUAAUAAGCUUUGCUUUGCAAGUCCUACUGUUUAGGUGUUGAGAUUUUAAUGUUUUACUGUAAGCGGCAGUCUUGAAGCACUUGGCCCAAUCCCUGACCUCUCAAUGAAAUCUAGUCGUGCCUCAACUGAGUGAAGAAUAUAAACAUCCACGAAACCAGUGCAGCUAUGGAUACACACUGUAUAGUAUUCAAACCACGCCUUGUACAUAUAUAUGCCACAUGGAAGACUUCUGUGUUUUUGUUUUAAACUUAUACCUUGCUCACUAGCUCUAUAUGAAAUAUAUAUGAAUAUUUUUUAUUUUCAUUUGAAUGUAUGAUGUCAAAUAAAUGAAGUGUUUGGAAA